AUGGAAACCGACUCUCUCCGACUUUGCGACUACCUCGUGGACAUUGUCAAAGAAGCAGGGCGUAUCAUCGUCAGCGCACGACCAUCAGCGCAGUCCGCUACGGACAAGAAGAACUCCGCAGACAUCGUGACCGAAACCGAUAAGGCCGUGGAAUCCUUCAUACAUGGCUGCGUCAGCAAGCGAUAUCCAGAAUACUCGUUCAUCGGCGAGGAAUCGUACCGCGCUGGCGAGUGCAUCUCAGACAAGCCCACAUUCGUGGUCGAUCCGAUUGACGGAACCUCCAACUUCGUCCACGGUUUCCCAGAAGUAUGUGUAUCGAUUGGUGUUCUUGUAAACAGGAUGCCCACCGUUGGCGUCGUAUACAACCCUUUUCGACGUGAGCUGUGGACCGGGGUGAAAGGACAUGGAGCUUAUGUGACUAUCCUAGACCUCCAGCAUAACGACUCCCUUAUGGCAAGACAGAAACUGCCAUUGAAUUCAGCGCCUCUGGAAGGACUAAGGCUUGCAUGCAUUGGCAUCGAAUUUGGAAGUGAUCGCGAGGGCCCAAACUUCGACUUGAACCUAAAGGUCUUUUCUACGCUUGCUCGGACGAUUGGAUCAGGAGGUCGGUUCGUAAACUCGUUACGAUGCACUGGAUCUGCUGCCCUAGCGAUAUGCAGAGUCGCCGCAGGACAGCAGGAAGCAUUCUGGGAGUGCGGCUGUUGGGCAUGGGACGUAGCUGCCGCAUGGUGCAUAUUGCAAGAAGCUGGCGGGAUCAUGGUGGAUGGUCAUCCUGGCAACUGGGACCCUCCUAUUGACAAUCGUCGAUAUCUUGCAGUAAGGCCAGCGGUUGAAGGCCAGAAGACUUUCGUGGCAGACUUCUGGUCUGUCCUCGGUGACGAGAGAUCCACCUAUGGGCCCCCGGGGUCUGAGUAG